UAAAUUUAACAAUAAACGAGAAUAAUCCGAACGCGAUAGGAGGCGGUUCUCCGAAAAUUACCGAGCGUGUUCGUCGAUUGUCGCCAGUUCGCUCGCCGCAGUUUGGCGGCCGGUCGUGAGGAUGGUGUGUUCCGUACGCGAACAAAGAAAAAUAAUUGUUUGCAAGUGUGAAGUAGAUGAUGUCGUCUGAGCCCACGAAAGUGCAGGUGGAAUACAUUAACGAGGACAAAACUAGCAAGGAGGGCAGCGGCACCCAGUCGCCCCUUGCGCUGCUGGCGGCGACGUGCAGCCGUCUCGGCGCCGCCAACAUGGGGCCCGAACAGCAGACAGAUAAAGAUCAACAGCAUCACUUCAGUCCACAACAACAGCAACAAGCGCAGCAACAGCAAGCACAACAGCAAGCGCAACAGCAGGCGCAACAGCAAGCGCAACAGCAACAACAGGCGCAACAGCAAGCGCAGCAGCAACAACAGGCGCAGCAACAGCAGGCGCAACAACAAGCACAACUGUUACAGCAACAAGUGCAAGGAGACGCGGCGACGAUAGCCGCGAUACAGCAACAGUACCUCCAACAGCAGCAGCAACAGCCGCAGUUAAGGGUUAUCAGCUCUGCUGUGGUGCAGCAGUUGAGAGCUCAGGGUUUAUCCGGAAAUGAGCUGUCAGCAGCGAUAGUGAAUGCGGCGAAUAAUGUUCCAAAUGGCAUACAAGUGCAACAACCACAGGUGAUCUCGAUGCAGCAGCUGCAGUCGCUGCUGGGCGGCGGCGUGGGGGGCGUGGGUGGUGUCGGUGGGGUGGUGUCGGGCGACGGCGCCACCUACCAGAACUCGCCGCAGCAACUGUUGCAGAUACACCCGCAGCUGUUGCAGCAACAAGCAGGCGGCGUGUACAGCGGGUGCCUGGUGGGGGGUGUGGGCGGCGUGCCCCCCAUGCAGACCGUCACCGUGGACGGACAGGAGGCGCUGUUCAUACCCGCGCAGCACGCCCAGAAUUUCUCAGGAAUGGGGCAAGUGAGCCUCGUGAACGGGCAGCUCGUGCGGACGCCGAUGCUUCCCGCCGGCUUCCUUCAGAACGUGAUGCAUUUGCCGGCCGAGCAACAGGCGACCGUCACGAUUCCCGGCACUAACCUAUCCAUACCCUUGAGCGCCCUUACCGGGAACCAGCCGAUGAUCACAAUCCCGGGCUCCAAUAUAACGAUCCCGGGGAUACAGAUCCCGACCAGUCAGGCGAUAUCGAUCCCGUGUAGUACGGCAGGGGUACAGCUGCCGGUGGCGAGCGUGGCCAAUGUGGCCAAUGUGGCUAAUGUGGCCAGCGGGGCCAGUGUGACCAACGGCACUGGAGGGGGUGAGAAGAACGGGGCAAAGGACACCAAGCCGCCGACCAGUCCGACGCAGCAAGGGGGUGGAGUAGCGGUUCGUGGCGGCGUGGGGGGCGUGGGGGGUGUCGGCGGUGUGGGCGUGGUGCCUGUGCAGGUGCCAGUGAGUGUGGCCAACGGACACACGGUGUACCAGACGCUGCACCUGCCCGUCCACGCGCCGCACCACCUGCAGAUCAUACCGCAGCUGCAGCAGAUGCAAGCUCAACCGCAAGUGGCGAAUGUCCUUACGCCGUCUGGGCAGAUACAGCAAAUACAGAUCGCCUCACUAGCUAACCAGGGGGGCGGCACGCAGGCGGCCGCGAGUGCCGCGCCCACGCCUGCCACCAUCACGCUGCAGGUGCCGACGCUGGGCGUGGGCGGGCUGGGCGGCGCGGUGCAGCUCGUGCCGGCGCUGGGGCUGCCCGGCGUGCAGUUCACGCAGCUGCAGCAGCCGCAGCCGCAGCCGCAACCGCAGCCGCAGCCGCCGCCCGUCAUCGGUCAGCAAAUCCAGCAAGACCCGAACGAGCCGGGCAAGUGGCAGGUGGUGACGGUGAGCACGGGCGGAGCGGGCGCGGGCGCGGGCGCGGCGGGCGGCGCGGGCGGCGGCGCGGGCGCAGGCGCGGGGGCGCCUGAGUGCGAGGCGGGCAAGGACGCCGCCAGCCCCGGCGCCAAGCGGCACAUGAAGCGCGUGGCCUGCACCUGCCCCAACUGCGACCAGGGCGAGAACCGGCUGGUGGACCGUAAGAAGCAGCACGUGUGUCACAUAGCGGGCUGUAACAAGGUGUACGGCAAGACGUCGCACUUGCGCGCGCAUCUCCGGUGGCACUCCGGCGAGAGACCGUUCCUCUGCAACUGGCUGUUUUGUGGGAAGAGGUUCACCCGUUCAGACGAGCUGCAGCGUCACCGCAGAACGCACACGGGUGAGAAGAGGUUCGAGUGUCCAGAAUGCAGUAAGAGGUUCAUGCGCUCCGACCAUCUCGCUAAACACGUGCGGAUACACACCAAGAAUAGGAUAACGGAGGUAGCAACAUCAACGCAGUCGAUGUAUUCAGACUCAGGCGACGACAGCUGUGACGAGAAAAUGAUGCUGACCAUCGAGACGAUCCACACGGACGCGGACCCCGAGGACAAGCUCGUCAUGAUCCGACCCGGGCCCAAGAUGGAGCCGGAGCACGUGGACAGCUAGGGGGAGGACAGCGACGAUUAGAUGACGUCGCUUUAUAAACUGUGAUCGGACGUUAACGAUGUGAUGGACAUAUUUAUCGUACGAUUUGAUCGGACAGAUUUAUCGUACGAUUUGAUCGGACAGAUUUGUCGUACGACUUGAUCGGACAGAUUUGUCGUACGAUAUGAUCGGACAGACUUAUCGUACGAUGUGAUCGUACAGAAUUGUAGUGUUUCAUUAAUGUAAAUGCAAUACAUUAUUUUUAACUGUAGAUGGGAUUUUAGAGUUCGAUUUCCAGGUCAAAUUGAUUUUUUUAAAGACAACACUACGAUAUGCUUGGAUAGUAUUGAGUAGUGUGGCUAGAUUUCAAUGCUUAUGCAAGAUUAUGGGAUUAGGAUAACCAGUUGCCCGAAUGGAACUUGUAUGGCAAUAGUCUUGCCUAUCACCGAUCAGACAAAAGUUUGGCGAAGUGUACCACUAGAUGGAUUAACUUUGGGGAUUAAUACAUGGAAUUAGGCUGUAUACGGUGUAUGCAAAUGACAUACAUACUAUUCCCAAACCUAGAUACUCUCUGUAUCGGCAUUAAUGGCGACGAAUGAUUCGAAUAAAAUACUUACAGACCUGAAGAAAACAUUUGAGUAUAACAAUUUGUCACAACUCUAGUAUUGACGACAGAAAUCAAGAUUUUUGAGUAUACACUGGCAUCUAUCGGCCGUUUCGAAACGAUCUCGAUCCAUAUCUUCGGAUCAAUCAAGCAAAUAUCAAUCAGAAUAAAGUUUGAAUGUUUUAACUGAUUGGUGUAUUUUUGAGAUCUAUCUGGAGAUAUCUGUCAAGAUUGCUUAUCGAUAUCGGCUAAAGUAUUAGCUCUAUUCUGCCAUAAGUAUAAUAUCACUGGUCUUGAAAAUAAGUGCAGUGUAAUCCAAUUAUAAGUACAUAGGAAAUGUUGCGUUUCUUGAGAGCCUAUACGCCUUAUUUUAUGUAUUCAGUAUCUGGAGAUAGCUGUCAAUUUCUUAAUGAUAUCAGCUGUAAUAAAGUAAAAGCUCUAACCUACCAGACAGAGAAAACAACAUCUGUCUUGAAAAUAAAUGGAAUGUAAUCCAAGUUGAAAUAACUAAAAAGAAAUGUCGCGUUUCUUUAGAGCCUAUGCGCCUUGUUUUAUGGGCUGUCGCUUUCGAGUCACUGGAACAAGUCAAAAUGGGAGCUUUCACUAGCUAUACAUCUAUCUGACAUGCGGCAUGUUAUAUUCAAGAGCCCUCAGCAAAUAAUAGAAAUAAACAGUGAGAAUAAUAUACUCAAAUACGUGUUAAUAUAAAAUUAAGGAAGGGUUAGGAUGUAGCGAUCUAUAAAAGUUUACUUUUAAGGAAAAAAUGAUCUUAAAGCGUACGUCAAUCAGCACAAUGUCACUUAUCAAGAAAUUAGACUGAGUAUUGGUAAGUCGUGUGUCGUGGUAUAUUUGUACUUACGUAGAAAUAUAGUGAGGGAUGGAAAAUUCUAAAAUUUUAUACGAAAUGAUAAAUUGUCCUUAAAGAGGUAGGCAAUAUUAUGAAAGCAUCAAAACUUUGCCAACAGUUAAAAGGUCCAUUAUCGUUUCGGGCCAAAUUUACCCCAUACAUAAAUUAGUCGAAAUUUAUAAACUGAAGAGAAGAAGAAUAGAACGUAAAAGAUUUGCGCAUACGCCUUAAUAGAACUGUUAGAAAAGCUCGGAUGCCUGUACCAUCUAUUUCUUUUCAUUUUACGUAAAUCAGGAGGUUAUAAAUAUUUCAAUAUAAUUCAUAAGAUUUAAGAAGGAACUUUAUUGAAUUUGUGAAUAUGUGACACGAUUAUCCACUUCAUUAGCCUGAUAAUAAAAACUGUGAAUGAAGUAAUGUUGAGAUUAAGUGCAUAUUUAAUUUUGAGAUUAAAUAUAAAUUAAUGUUAUAUAAGGAAGGGUUUUACCGUUGCAACUUUGUAAACAUUUUUAGUAUACAAGAUUGUAAUAUUUGGUUCUAAAAAUGGCUGCAAAACCAAUGUCUCCUUUGUUUCUAUUAUGUAUUUUUAACACGUAAUUUCCUCUUAUAAACCUUAGGAAAUUCAUCACAAGGUAAAGUUUUCAGUGAUCUUAGGUCAACUUCAUUCUGUCUCAGGACAAGCUGUCAACUUUGCCUUAUUGUAUAAUAUUUAAUGCAAAUUACCUUCAAGCUAUUUAUUACUCAAACAUAAUUUUAUGGCGUCUUACAAUCUUUCCAUAUUGCCUUUAUGUUUCCAUUUCGUAAUAAAAAAGUAGGUUGUGUUGUCCAUUGUGUAGAUUAGUAUAAGUAACAGUGAUUUAUGAAUAAGUACUAAAUAAUGUGGGAAUAACAGGUUUAGAUAAGAUCGUAGUUUACCGCUACAUUGGUAAGUGACUAAUUUAUUUAAGUUUUUCUGCAGCAUUUUAUCACAGCUAUUUUACCUGUACAGAAAACACCUUUAAUAUAAUUUGAUAGAAUGGUAUAUAUUGACGGUUGAAAACCUAACUGACUUACCGCCAUUUUCAAAAAACGAACCCAAACGCUUCUUUCUAUCUCAAAAAUUGGCCAAUCAGAACAAAGUAUUUUUUGACGUGAUUUGGAAUGAGUUAUUUUGAUUGGUCCAUUCUCGGAAUCGGAUUGAAGAUUGAGAUUGAGAUCGUUUAUUGAAAACAGAUGUAAAGCGACAUUUUUUUGCGAAACAUGUUUCAUACAUAUUUAAAAUCAGCACUUUUUUCUAUUUUUCAACCUAAUUUUUUUUUUAAAAAUGACGCUUAUGUCAAUAAGCCUUUCAACAGUCAAUAUAUAAAAAAUCUAGGAUUUGCUUUAUAAUCAUCGAAUAAUUAUAACUAAUUUUAUUAUAUAGUAUACAACAAAGAAGCAAUAAAGCAGAAGCACUGUAGUAACCAUGUUUUGAUCAAGAUAUUUUAUUAUUUUGGCCUCUUUGAUAUAGAAACAUUGUCGAGGCAUAGUACGCACAAAUUUAUACGCCAUCUAUAAAAUUAUAAUGGUUUGGAUCGUAUUUACUACUAAAUCAUUUAUCAUAAGAUUAUGUGUCAUACGACUAUAUUGAUAGAGUUUAACAUUCGGUAGCCGAUUCUCGGGUGUUCGAUAUUUUUUUUACUUUUGUAAUGUAAAUAAAAUUGUGUCCCCUUCGGUGCUUUGAGAAUUGGAGUUAAUCUGUGAUCAAAAUUCUAUAAUUCUAAGUGAAUUUUGUAAAAAUUAAUUUGUAGUAUCUUGUCCAAAUUGUACUUGUAAAACGAUAAAACCUUCUUCGUCUGUUUUUGUGUAUUAAACGCCAUGAAUUACAUUAUAUAUAUAGUAUAUAUAGAGUAAAUACAACUGUUUUAGUAUACGAAAGAAUAUUGUACCUAGUAGCCGACGUAUUUACGUUACAAAUAUUAAUGUUUCCUAGAAUUAAAUUAGGGUCCAUUUUAAUAUCAAGCACGCGUAUUUUGAUGAAAAUUUAAGUUGCGCUUAACAAGCCGCUAGCUCACUUAUUACAACGUUCUAUGUUAGUUUUUAAUUAUAUUGCAAAAAGAGGUUAUAAAUUUUUGUGUUGGUAAAAAUUAGAAAAUAAUAAUUCAUGAUUACCCCUUUAUUUACAUUUAGGGUUAUUGAAUUUUAUUCUUGAAAGACUAAAGUCAUGUGAUAUGAAUAAUUCAAUUUGCACAUCAUAAUAUAUAGCAUAUAUCCUUGUGAGCCAGCGAAGGCUCGUGGUAGUAGGUACAAUUUACAUGGCAGUAGUAAACUUACUAUGCUUGAAAUAAGUAGGUGUAUAUUUUUUUUUAUUAAAGUUGUAUUACUCUGUAGUAUACGUUGUAUGCCAGUGAUUGGGUAAGUUAAUUAGUAAGUGUAUGUUAUAAUUGUCACAUCUAUUUUAAGCACUGACAUACAGACAGCCGUUUUAAUUUAAGCAUAUUUAUUACUGGAUCGUAAGUUUAGAAAAAUAUUGUUUAUUGAAGUAUGAAAUUGUAUGAAAAAAUAAGUCUUACAACUUAAUUUAUUAAAAACAUUAUUUGAACUCAAAUGAUGUAACCUCCUUUUUUAUUUUUGUAUAUUUUUUAUUUGUAUCCAUUUUAGGUUCUAUUACAAUAUCAUAAGCCAGUUUCGCAGUAAUAGCUUAAUGUCAUGGAACUGAGACAUCGAAUCGCGCGCUGGGUCCAAUACAUUUGUUUUGUAGCUUAUUUAUCUAUGUAUAUAAUAAGUACCACGUAUUGUACAGUGUAUAAAUGUAAGUUUGUAAAUAUAUUUUAUUGUUGAACUCGUUGAAUAAAAUAUUUUUUCAUCAA